AUGAAUACAGCAUCUUCUUUACAUACCAGUACAACAAUUGAAAAAGAUACUGGACUUAGAAACCAGUUGGUACAGGGAACUGUGAAGAAGAUUGAUGUCAUAUUCCCAUUGUUCAACAACAUGUUUCAAAAUAAUGCAGUAAUUGUUCCAUUAUUCUAUUUGGCAGCUCUUUACUGGGGCUUUCAAGCUAUGUUUCUUGCUAUGUGGCCAAUGAGUAGUUAUUGGGACACAAAGUACAUGAAUCACGCACAAUCUAAAUUAUACGAAGGAUUAAAGGUAGGUUUAUUGAUGUUUCCGACUCCUUACAACUCAAAAGCGAUAUUUAUUAAAGAAAUUGUCUUUUUCGUUGCAAACAUAUUCUCGUUAUUAAUUAUAAUUUCGCAGAUGUUGUACUACAACGUUCACAGAAGCUUCAUGAGAUACCUACUCAAUCCAAUUCAGUCAUAUGAUGCUGUAACUUUAAUUGGUAUCCUUCCUUCGGCUUUUGUUGUUGGUGAAAACUUUUUGAAAAUAACUCAAGGAGAAACUGAUUUUUAUAUCAUUAUAUCAUUCGUUUUAGCUAUUGUCAACGUAAUUUAUGAACUUAUUUAUCAUUACUUAAUUUUAAGACUUACAGCGAAAAGUGUUUCAUUGCAAAACCUUCCAUUCUUAUCAUUUGAUCCAUUCAUUACUUAUGCCAUUAUCAAUACCGUUGCAGUUACUUUAAUUUGUACAUAUCUGAUUUUAUAUUUUGCGAAAUGGACAAUUUUGAUAGCAAUGGUUGCUCAUGCUGUAAUCUUUGUCUAUCUGGCAUCAAAUGUUCUAUACAUGCAUUAUAUCAUUCACACUUCAAAUUCUUUAUUUUUCGGAAUGCUUUUGAACUCUGCAGCUUUAGACGUAAUGAUGUUUGUAGCCUACUUCAAGACUGGUAUGAAUCAUUUUGUACCGGUCAUUUUCUGCGCAGGAUUCUACAUUUUCUUGUUUACUUUGUCAUUAAUUAUGUUUCACUUCAUGAGACGCAAUGUAAUCAAAAAACUCAGCGUUUCAAACCUCGAAGAUAAGAUUUCAUACUACGAAUCCCUUGGAAUUCUUAAGAAUGACAAGAAAAUUUUGACAUAUCUUUCAAUUGGAUUCGCAAAUACUUGUCCUUUAUUCUAUGACUUGAGUUUGAUGGAGUACCUGUUCCAAAAUUCAACUUCUGAAUAUGUUUUAACGAAUAUGUUGCAAAUUAUUAACUUUUUCCCAGGAGAAACAAGGUUUUUGAACAGAUUAACAGGCUUAUUAAUCACAAAUCGCCGUCUUAAUUUCGACCAACGCUUCUUAAUCUACCAAAUUUACAAAAUUAAGACUUUGAGGCAGUUUUCAAGCUCAAACGACUCUAAUAUGAAGUUAAAUGACCUCAAAACAAUGUCCAGACAGGUCGAAUCGUUGACAAGAUCAGCAUUAGAAACAACAAAUCUGAAACCAGGCUUUUACGAGGAAUUAGCAGUCAAAGCCAAGAGAGCAAACGCUAUUUGGGUAGAAGCACUAUGUGAUUAUCCAAACAAUCCGAAGUUUUGCGAUGAAUAUUGCAGAUAUUUAAUUGAAAGUGAAGCAAACUUCCCAGAAGCUCUUAAAAUCAAGCACAGAGGCAAUUUAAUCGAAAUGGGAAAGAACUAUUCCUUCGAUUACUCGUUCAGAUCAAUGGUUAAACUCAUUCCAAGUUAUAUCAAAAAGGAAAUCAUUGAUUUACGAGGAAAUAUAAGACAGAAAGACAAUAGACAGAAGAAUGGAGAGACUCUUACCCAAUCUUCCAAUGGAAGUGGCAGCGGAGGCUCAAAUCAAAUUAGUUUUUCAUCAGAUAUCGACGACGACAUCCAGGAAUCGAUUGGAAAGCAGACAUUCACACAAUGCAAGACAAGGUUGGCUCUCCACAGAGCUUUGAACAAUAAAUUACCUGGAUCAAUCAAAUGUAUUAUUCCUUUAACGAUUGUCAUAUUAUUAAUCGUUACAGCGGUCUUCAUCUUCAUGUUCGUGUUCACUAAAGUCGAAUUAUUCGAACACACGGACUCUAUGGCGAUGUUAGAUUCGAUUUCCAAGACAAGAUACUAUUUGGCGAUCAACGAUAUGGAAAUUUUGCUCAGAUUCAUUCAAGACAGAGGAAACUACGCCAAAUAUAAACCAACUGUCGACAAAUUAGAUAAUGAAUGCAAAUCAACGUAUAAACCGGUUCUAAAUAUGACAGAUGACUUCCUUGUCCAGAGUUUACCAAAUCUACAUGCAGCCAUGGACGUUUACAGUGAUUUAAUCAACAAAUUGGCUCAAUUAGCAAAUAACAGAGACGAUGUUUACGAAGUAGCAGGUAAUUUGAUAUCAGAUAUGCAUACUAUUUACACCUGUUUCGAAAGAACCUACGUUGGCCGUGUAAAUGACACAAUUUCCACAAUGAUCUCAAUUUUCUUUGCACACCAAGCGUAUAUCGUAACAAGAUAUCAAGAGAACAUCUCAGAUCUUUACAAUGAAACGCAGUUUUGCGAACUUAUUUCAAAUCUCAGAUCAUUUUAUGUAGUUAUUCCAACAGUUUUCAUGGAUUUGAGCAAAUACCAAGUAGACAAAGGUGAAAAUCUCAAAACAAAGUUCCAAUUGAUCCUCUACAUCGUUCCUCCUUUAGUUGCUGUUGUUGCUUUCAUUCCUUUCCUGUUUGUACACUUCUUUACUCAGAGAUCCCUAAAGGAAAUCACUCAGUUGAUCGUAAGCUUCGAUCCGAAAACAAGAGCAGACGCAAAAGAGCUAAUUUCUGUAAAUGUCGAAAAUGAUGAUGCGAAAUUAGCAGAAACUAAUGUAACUUCUGAGCGCGGCGGAUGCUUAUUAUUCCUUAUCUGCCUUAUUGCCUUAUUAUUUGUCGGAAUUGCCACUGCAAUGACUUUAUUAUCCGUCAAAUCUAACAACCACAUCAUUGACUUGAACCUUUGGGACCAGUAUGCAACUCUCAGGUUAUCAUUGUGCGCAGAAUUGAUCAAUACUUUGACUUUCGGCAUGUCAUUGUUUGAAAAUCCAAAUGCAACUGCACUUUCUAACGUAUCAAUGGCAUAUUAUAUGUGUCUUGAGAGAUUAAAGUCAUUGGUCGAAUCCAAUCAAGAUUUAAUCUUAGGAACUUCGAUUUCCAAACCAUGUUCCGGUUUUGACGAAGUUUUAGACCAAGAGAACCUAUACGACGAAGACAUAAAUCACACGUCCAUGGAUUCCCACUCCGUUUACGCCAACGCUUCCAUUAACACUCAAUUAAAGAUUUUGACAGAUUAUGUCAAAACUACAUUAGACGAAUUUGUUGGUUCUCGGUCCUUAUCACCCGCUCCUGUUGCCAAUAUCUUCCAUAUUUUCGCUAGGCACAUCUCUCCAAAGAUGUUACGAGUUACAGAACGAUUAAGUCAACUUGCGAAAGUCCAAUACGACGAUUUAAUGUUGAUUAUUGGGUUAUUACUUAUCCCUGCUUUCGUUCUUAUUGCCUUAUAUGCUAUUGUUAUCUCGACUUAUUACAAUAUGAGGAGAGAUUCGUAUAGAGCAGCUCUUUUUAUUCUUAAAAGGAUUAAUCCACAUGCAUUGAUAAACAACAAAUUGUUUAUCAAGUAUUUCUUGAACAACAACCAUGAAGUUCAUGAAGUCAGUAAAACUGUAUCAGGAAACAUCAUCCAAAACGCUCCCGAUGCAAUUUUAUGCACAAACUUACAUGGUGUUGUUGAAACUGUUAAUCCUUCUACAACAUCUUUGUUGGGAUAUACUCCCGAGCAGUUGUUAGGACAGCCUGUAACAACAUUCUUCAUACAAGUCGAUGAAGAGAAAGUGAUGCAACAAUUGGAUAUGAUGAGGAACGGACAAGCAUCACCAAUCUUUGAAGAAAAUGUUACGGCAAUUACGGAUGCAUCGCAAUUUAUGCCUUGCCAUAUAACAAUGCUCGCAAUCAAGCCACAGAAUUCAUCGUCAAUUAAUUCUUUCGUCAUAAUUUUGAGAGACCAAACACAAUUAGUUUCUCAACAAAAACAGGCGGAAGAAGCGAAAGCACAGUCAGAGAAACUGCUUUACCAGAUACUUCCAAGAGAUAUCGUUUUGCAAAUCAACAGAGGUGAAAAUGAUAUCUCUUUCAUGGUCCAAUCAGCAACAAUUUGUUUCAUCGAUAUUGUCAAGUUUUCCGAAUAUUCAGUGAAUUUGACACCUCAAGAAAUCAUGGGAAAUCUUUCGCUUUAUUUCGGAACUGUUGACUCUAUCUUGGAGAAGUUCAAUCUACUCACGAAAAUCAAGUUGAUUGGUGAUAUCUAUAUGGCAGCUGCUGGUUUGUUUAACCCUGAAGUUCAAGCUGAAAAACACGCUGAACAGAUGCUUUUGUUUGGUACUGAAGUUAUCGCGGAAUUGGAUGACAUAAACAUGAAGUUGAAUGCAAGUUUGAGUGUGAGAAUUGGUGUGAAUACUGGUGGUCCAAUCAUCGCUGGCGUUUUGGGUAAAGACAAACCUGUUUUCGAUAUAAUUGGUGACCCAAUAAAUGUCGCUGCAAGAUUGCAAUCAACUGAUGAAGCAAAUUACGUACAAAUUUCUCAGUCUUGCUACGAUUUGGUCAGCCAUUUGAGUUUCGAUAUCAAACAGAGAGGAGAAGUAUUCCUCAAAGGUAAAGGAAAACAAAUGACUUACUUGGUCAGUCCUCUUCUUGUUGGUGCGGAAUUAAUUGAUCAUACAAAUUAA